ACUUCAUCAAUCACAACACCAACCGAGUUCGUAAAGACAAACAAUAAUCAAAUGGCGUAACGAAUGUUCUAGCUAGCACAUGACUAGCCAAUGGCGCCAUCAUCCAACAAAAGAAAACGCCCAUCCGAAGCAAUGGCCGACGAGACUCCCCUCCCCGACAAACACCACCUCUUCACCCAAUGGUCGCAAGACCGCGGCGUAGAAAUCCGCGGCGUCGCACCCGCCCAACUCGCCAACCGAGGCGUAGGCUUGAUAGCCACCAAACAGCUCCCAAAAGACCACCGCAUCCUCUUCAUCCCCGAGAAAGCCAUGUUCAAACCCAACACUACCCUGCUGAAGAAGGCAUCCCUCCACACCGCCUCGCCGCAAGCACAGCUGGCUUUUAGCGCUAUGAUUGCCUACGCACCCGCAGAUUCGCAGCUCAAAGUGUGGAGAGAGACGUGGCCUACGCUCGACGACUUCAAGCAGAGUCUGCCGAUGUGCUGGCCGGAAGCGGAGCGAGGAGAUUUGCCGCCUUCGAUGCAGCAGCCGCUGGAGCGACAGCUGGCCGACUACCAGCGGGACUGGACGGCUGUGCGGGAGACGUGUGUGCAGCGAGGGUCCGGGGAGGAGGAGUUUCGGUAUUACUGGAUGAUUGUGAAUAGUCGCAGUUUCCAUUGGAAGGCGGCGGGGCGGGCGACGGUGGGGUCGAUGGUAAUGUGUCCUUUCGUCGAUUACUUGAACCACGCGCCUGCGGGGAGUGCGUGUCGGGUGACGAUGACGGCGAAGGGGUAUGAGGUUACUGCUGACCGAGAGUAUGGUGAGUGGUGCUUCUCAUAUCCCAUUGCAUCUACGCUGCACUCUUACACUCCCCUUUCUCACUCCCAAACAUCAUCUCUUCUGUCCAGCCCCCAACGAAGAAAUCCUCAUAACCUACGGCUCCCACCCAAACGACAAACUACUAAUCCACUACGGCUUCAUCCUCCCCGCCCAAAGCAAUUCCGAUGACGACAUCCGCCUCGACCACCUGCUCCUCCCCACCUUCAGUCCCUCCAUAAAAUCCCGCCUGCAAGACACCGGCUUCCUAGGCGGAUACGCGCUACUCCCCGCCGCGAACGAGGUGUGCUUCAAAACGCACGUCGCGGUGCGCGCGGCUAUGCUCACGUGCAACGAGUGGGAGUAUUUUGUUUCGGGCGGGGAGGAUUUGGGAAGGGAUGUUAGUGGGGAGGUGGAGGGGUUUGUGGCUGGGUUGCUUGGGGAGUGGAGGCGGGGGAGGGUGAGGGAGAUGGAGGGGAGGAGUGGUGGGAGG